AUGUGGAGAUCGGCAUUAUGGUUGGCAUUGACAUGCGCAGCCACUACUGUAGCCCUACCCGCGGAGAACCAUGGCCAAUCAUGUCCCGUCAAGCAUGACCCGUUACCCAAUUGGCAUGAGGGGCCCUUCAAAGAAGUUAUUCGUUUGAUUGAAGGAUGCCCCGAAGGACGCGGUUUCUGUCGCGAACUCAUUCACGGUUCUGAAGUUACCACCAAAACUAAGACGGUGACUCCAAUGCCAACUACCGUUAAGAUCAUUCAAACUAUCACCGAUCAUUCUCGCGAGGUGACAAGAACGACCACCAAGGGGAUUACCUCGAUAAUUACGGAGCCACGGGCUACUGCAACUCAUUAUGUGACAUCGACGUUGACUCAGACUGUGCCCUUGACGAUCACAGACCUAUCCACAUCUACAAGUGUGGAUGUUUCCACCGUCUUCCUGACCUCGCCAGACUUUAUAACAAUCACGAAGCCGGCGACUAGCUUCAUGACGAACACGGUCACCGAGGUAAUCACUGACGACACGACUGCCACAGUCUCCGAAUACUUCACGGAUACUACUACUGAGACUUUCUCAAAUACGAUCACCGACUAUGCGACAGUCUUUGUUACAUCGUACAUCACCGACCAUGCAACCAACUAUGUUACCAACCUUCAUACAGAAAUCGCAACUGACACUAUCACAAACUCUCAUACUGAGACCACAACCAUUUCCUUUACUGAUACCGCCACUGCAACGGUGACGGAUACUAUCUCUUCUACGACCACUCGGGAGGUGGAUGUGACUACGACUGAUACUCAGUCUCUGACUACUAUUCAGACCGACUUCAUAACUUCUACCAACACACUAUCUGCCACGGAGACUGACUAUAUCACUGCUACAAUCACCUCCGUCGAGACUGAUGGUGUUACUGUCACUGCAACUGCUGUAACAACUAUUGCACCAGUCAAAAGGGCCGAGAUCAAUGCACGUGCUGCACUACACACUCCUUCCGCCUUGAAAAACAUUCACGAUGGUCAUCUUUCAAGCGCAUGCUCUUUCCUGUGGGAUGAGAAGUGGCUGUCCACGACGUAUACUACGACGACAGUCGCAAAGCCUACGGUUACUAAAACCAUUACCACACACACACACGUGCCUGGAACCCAUACAGUCUACCUCACAACGUUGACAACCGACUUUGUGACUAAAACAGCACCCCAUCUCCAGACUACGACGGUCACCAACACCAUCACCGCCGAUAUCACGAGUACGGUAACCGUUCACGAGACAUCAACAAUCACGUUCUCAUCUACUACGACUGCCACCGAUACUCCAGAAUUGGUUAAAACAGUGGAUAUCGCAACCACCGAGACCGACCUCGUCACUGCCACGGUGACGACUGACGUGACAGUCUCGACCACUUUGGAUAUUAGCUCCGAAGAAACUGCCUCGGUAACGGAAACUAUCACGGCAGACGUCACAAACACUGCCACGACUGACCUGACAACGAUUCAAACCAACACGGAGACAGUCGAUAUCACAUCCAGCCAGACAAUUACCCAAACUGCCGAUGUCACCGCCACUGAAACGGCGUCCAUAACGAUCACAGAGACCUCGACGACCACCGUCGACGUAACGGAAGUGGCAACGAUUACUUCAACUUCUUUCUUCGGUAUCACCGCCACUCAGCCAGUCACGCUUCAAAGCACAGUCGUCAAUACAGUCGACAUCACCAAGACUAAAUUCACCACGUCAACCAUCGACGUGACCAAGACCCAGACAGUUUCGACAACGACCACCACAACUGUGACCGCAACCGUAACUGCGGCCAGCAGGGUUAACCUCGUGCAAAACCCAGAUUUUGACGUAGGAAACGCUUUCUCUCUGGCCGACUGGACGACCGCAGGUAGCGGAAGCACAGUCGCAUAUGCUAGUGGGUCAUCAAUUGGCACUCCUUUUGUAUUCUAUUAUGUUGGCAUCAGUCCGCAAACAUAUACGCUCUCUCAGUCACUGGCCACCGCCUCGGGAACUACAUACACCGUGUCAUUUUGGUGGAGAGUGGGCACUACAACCUCGUCAUUGAUUGUUACCCUUGGAUCCGACAGCCAAACAUAUCAGGUUCCAUCGAGUAAGCUCGCUGUCUGGAUUGAGGAGACAUUUACCUAUAAGGCCACUUCCUCGUCCUCCGAGCUUUCAUUUAAGUUUACCCCAUCCACCUCGACAGGAUUUCAGUUAGGCUUGAUCAGCGUGAAAUGA